AGAAGAGGAAGAAACGGAAAUCAACAGGGGGGAAUUUUCCCUUUGGAACGUCGCCUUCUCCACGGCUGCUGCGAAACUGCAGCCCGCCAAGGAGUGGAGGAGAAGCCCAAGGGAGGAGCAGUAGCGGCAGUCAAAGCGUGGCGGGCGGGCAAGCUGGAAUCCAUUGAAUUGGAGCUGUCAAGGAAUCGGAAGAGGAACCCGGCUCUCCCCUCUCUCUCCACCCGGCGCCCCGCGUCGGUUCCCCUAAUCUGCGUCCGCGGCGUGAGAUGAGACGGUGAGAUUUCCUUUCGCCCUUUUCCCGGUUCUGUAAUUGCUGAUCGGCGUGAUGAAUUCGAGGCCAAUAGUUCUUAUCUUCCUCCUGCUCGUGCUCAUUAUCACAUCACAGUUUGAGUGGAAGCAGCAGAUUGGUGAGGCUGAGGCAAAUCCGACAGCUACUCGGAGGAGGCAACAGGCACUUGAAAGGGAAGAUGCUGUUAAAGAGAAAGUAAUAUUGGCACAAGAGAAGAACAUUCAGCAACUUAACGAGCUUAUCCAGAGCCUUCAGCUUCAGCUAUUGCAUUGCCGGGGCAGUAACAGUACUGCUCGCACCACCUCAAGUCAGUCGACAGUGGAGUGGAGGGAAAGGAAAUGAUUGGUGAUUGAUAACCCCUCGUCCCCUCCCUCUGCUGACAUAGGUAGUUUGCUUCAGAGUAUAACCAAGACAAGAACAGAAGCUCUUCAGGCAAUGGAAACUCUUGCUGUCGCCAUCCGGUGGGCAAUGUUGAUGUACUGGUAUUGUGUGCUUUACAUCGUCACCUCCUUUUGCGUUCUCACCCAGCUUGUACAUGGUUUUAGUAUGUUGGUAUAGGUUACUUUCCUGAUCAAGGUUCGAAUAUGCGCGCCAGUCCUUUUUUGUGGUUGUUGGUUCUUUUACCUCUAUAAACAAAUGUGCUCCAAUCUGUACAUAAUGGAUCAUUUCUUUGUGUUGUGACGGCGGGUUUUCAUGCUCGGCAUGUCGCAGAGCUCUUGAUUCUAUGCAAGUUGUAGAUUCAAAAUUUUCCCCA